GUAUUAGAAAAAAAGUGGUAAAUUCAUUUCCAAAAAAAUAUAUUGCGAUAAAAAUAUUACAAUGCCUGAUAAACUGAUUUCAAUAUAUCAUUAUGUAGCUGCUGUGGAUCGAAAACAUUAUAUUAUGGAAUCUUUUGUUCAAUUAAUCAAAUCUGCAUGCAAUAAUGAUUCCAACACCGAUAAUCUUUUGAUAGCAAGAGAAUUAUUAACGACCAAAACCAAAAAAUAUUUAGAAAUUUUGAAAAAUGCAAUGCUUCACUCCGAACGGGGACUCUAUCGCUGUAGCCAAAAAAAAAAUGCACAAAUUUACCCACAUUAUAUUGAAUUAAAAGGAUUUAAACAAACAGUUGUAUUGAAUAAACGAGCUCAUUCGGCUCAAAAUACAUGUCUUCUAGCUUGUUCAAAUAUUAACGAUGAAAAGCUUCUUAUUUCUCACGCUGACUUUUCAGCAAGACGUGAAUAUUGUCCGGGAAGGCUUGUUAACUGUAAAUCUGGUGGUGAUAUUGAAUUGUGUCGUGCGGUAUCAGGAAGUUCUAGGUUAUACGAAUGGAUCAAAACGAACUUAACUGGAGAAAUUUAUGGAGAAUUCUCCGAAUGCUCGGGUAGUAUAGAAAUUAUGAAACUUUACCAAUAUGAGGCUUAUUCAUCUUUUUAUUGUGAACCUUGUAUUUGCACAUGCAUUCAAGAUACAUAUUAUUCACCUUCCCGAUUUGGCAUCAGUUUAAAAGAAGAAAUCGCUGAUAUUGAAAAGAAUGAAGUCAUCACUGGUAUUAAAUUUAUAGAAAAAAAUAAAAUAAUAUAUCCUCAAAUUGAAACAGGGAAGCUUCUACCGGAUGGCCAUAUUCAAGAAUUCAGCAAUAAAUGGAAACCUGUUAAUUUGAUUAACUCAAUGGAUAAUACACUGAAUAUUUUUCCCGAACUAAACCAACAGGAAUAUGUAUAUUUUGGAAGUUCAUCUAAAGACGUUCAAUAUAUUAAUCUUGAACAAAUUUAUCUCACCGAUGAAUAUAUUAUUACUGGUGUAAAGUUCAUCAUGGUUAAACAGCAGUCACUGUAUACAAAGACAGAUAAUAAUUUCAUUUCAAUUGCAAUUCAAGCUACACAUUACGACAUAAAAACCGGGAAGCUAGGUAAAUAUCCAAGCAAUUGGAUGAUGUUUGAUUUAUUGAAAAAUAAAGAUCCAUGUCGAACCUACCAAUAUAGGAGAGAACUGAUAUUUCCAGAUUCAGAUAAUCCACUGAAGUAUGAUGAAUUUGAUUUUAAUUCCAUCAAUGGAGACUACGUUGGAUUUUGGCCUUCUAGUUUAAAAAAAGAUGCUGGACAAACAACUAUUCCAUUAUUUGAUGCUAAUCCAGUGUUUGGUAUUCCGAGAUUUCCCCUAGGUGGUAUAGGUUUAUAUCAUAAAGGGCCGAUCAAUUCCGGAGGCUUCAUUUCCUUAAAAAUUGCCGGAAUUGAUUAUUUUAAAUCAAUAAAUACGAUUAUUCCGUCAGAAGAUAAAAUUGAUUUCGAUUCAGUACUUUUAUCAUCAAAUACAAAUUAA